GAAAGCUACAAAAAUUUUCAGGAAACAUCAGUGAAUUUGUGAAGCUGUGGAUUAAUUUAUUAUUUACUGGAUAUGCUGCAUUUUUUGUGGAUUUAAGUGGAUGUAACCGAAGUUUUGUUGACUAUUUAAUUAAAAUUUAUAAAGAAUUCAUAAAAGUUCGUCAAAAAAAAUCAUAAAAUUAGAUAUUGAGCUAUGGACACAAUCUGCAGACUCUGCUCAAACCAAUCAAGCAUUUUAACAUCAGUAUUUACCCUCAAAAAUGGCAGAAUCAUUGCCGAUAUGAUUUCAAUAAUUUGUCCAAUUAAAAUUGAACUUUCUGACAAUCUCCCAAAGACUGCAUGUACAUCCUGCAUUAAGAUAAUCUACGAUGCAGUUGAUCUUCGUGAAAAAAGUAUUCAAACCGAUCAAAACUUGAAAUCCAGUCAAUUCCAGCACACAAUAGAGCCAGUAAGGAUUAAAGUUGAAAAAGAUCCAUUUAAUCAUGAACUUUGGCUGGAAGAUGAGAGCAACAAUUAUGGAAGUCAUGAAGACAGCGAUGAGUCACAGACAAAUGAGGAUGAGGACAUGGAAUACUAUCCUGAGAUGCUGUUAGAAGUAAAAUCUGAAGACUCAAGUCGAUUCAAGUGUCCACACUGUUCGCAAACCUUUACACUUUCAACGAAUCUCCGACGACAUAUCGCUAAGUUCCACAAAGAUUUAGACGCUGACAAACCACAGAAAAUAUUCGAGAAUAAUAGCUGCAAACUUUGUGGCUUCCAAUUGGCACAUAAAUCGAAUGUCAAGCGACACAUGCAGAGGUAUCAUGACCCAAGCUUGCCAUAUGCUUGUACCAAAUGCACGUGCAGGUUCAAAAGUGAGAUCAGGAUGAGGACACAUGUUGAAAAAACGCACAAUCAUCGAACACCAACGAUCUAUAAAGUUGAAAGCCAAAGUGAAGAUUUUGAGGAAUUGCCUAAAACUCAACUAAAGCAUGAAUCAAUUUUGUGUGAUCUUUGUGGCAAAAACUUUCCUAAUCGAUCACUGCUGGAACGUCACUUGACCAUUACUCACAAAACAAAACAAUCAGCAAUUCCAACAGAAAAUGAGUCAAGCUUCAUGUCUGGCUGUUAUCCAUGCAACUUGUGUGACAAAACAUUCACGAUGAGGCACAACUUAAAUCGUCAUUAUAAGCGGUUCCAUUCAUCAGAUUUAAGGUUCGAGUGCAGUCAGUGCAACGACAGAUUUCGGACGGAACUUCAUCUCAGUCGACACAACAUUCGAGUUCAUGAGAAUCGCAAUGGAAUUUUUAAUAAAAUCAAUGAACCGGAAGUGCCAAGUGAGGCUACAAAAGGUGAGGAAAUCAUUGAAAAAUGUCAAUAUUGUGAACUUGAAUUUAAUGGAAGUAAAUACAGAUAUGAGCGACAUAUGAUAUUAAUGCACGAGAAGGAACUUGACAAGAUUUACAGCUGCGAUAUUUGUCCGAAGAAAUUUGUAUUUUUAAAAUCAUUAAAGUAUCAUGUUGAGGUGCAUCGGAAGCGAGCGAGGGAGGAGAACUUUCCAUAUCAGUGUGCAGCAUGUCAAAGAAAGUUCCUGAGUGAGGAGAAGUAUAAGCAUCAUAUUACCUAUUCACAUGCUGAAACAUCAUCAUUUGUAUGCUACCUGUGCGGUAAGACACUCGAUUCUAGGAAAAAACUUAAUUAUCACAUGCUACGGCAUCAAGAUAUAAGAAAUUAUCAAUGCACAAAAUGUGGAAUGAAGUUCCUUCAAGCCAGACAUUUGGAUCGUCACAUGACAACACACAGUGAAGUAAGACCGUACGUUUGUACAGAAAUUGGAUGUGGAAAGGCAUUUAAAAUGUCAGAUGUACUCAAAAAGCAUCUCAGAAAAGUUCAUCAAGUUGUAACUUCAAGUAAAAUAGUUGGCAACUUAGGGAAUAAGGACAUGAUGAUUGUAAAUCAACAAAUGAGUUUCAUUGAAAAUCAGAAUUUGUAAAAAUAUUUAAUUUAAUUUGUGUGUCAAGUUUAUGUACAUUAUGAACUAGGGCUCGAAGUUGAUUGGGUUCGAGGCGACUUGACUAGACUCAAAACCGAGUCGACUUUAGCUUUUCGGAGUCAACUCUGAGUCGACUUCGAGCUCUGUUAUGAACGUUGGCUAAUAAAAAAAUUUGAACUGUAAGCAAAAAUUAG